CGCGCAAUUUUCUUUUCAAACGUAUAUCUGUCCCUGUUCCGCGUUGCUUCUCUCUGGACGCGGUAUUCCGGAGCUCUUUAGAGGAGGCCGCCUGUCUGAGUCACUUUAAAAAUUUCAUGCCUGUGGAGUAGCAUUAUCAAGUGUGGAUUCCAUGUCUUUCCUUGUAAGUAAACCAGAACGAAUUAGGCGGUGGAUGUCGGAAAAAUUUAUUUUUGAGGGUUUAAGGGAAUUGGAACUAUUUGGAGAGCAGCCUCCGGGCGAUUCUCGGAGAAAAACCAAUGAGGCAAGUUCAGAGUCAAUAACAUCUUCCCCAAAGAGGGACACCAUGAGCAGUUACCUGCCUGACAUCAGCUGCUAUGAGUUACUGACCAUAAUAGGAAAAGGUUUUGAGGAAUUAAUGACUGUGAAUCUGGCUCAAUAUAAACCAAGUGGGGAAUUUGUCACUGUCCGGAGAGUCAACUUAGAGGCCUGCACCAAUGAGAUGGUAGCAUUUUUGCAGGGUGAGCUUCAUGUCUCAAAAUUCUUCAGCCACCCUAACCUAGUGCCAUAUAAAGCAGCCUUCAUAGCUGACAAUGAAUUGUGGGUUGUUACAUCAUUCAUGGCAUAUGGUUCUGCUAAAGAUUUAAUACGUACACAUUUUAUGGAUGGUAUGUGUGAACUAGCUAUGGCUUACAUCCUCCAAGGGGUAUUGAAGGCUCUUGAUUAUAUACACCAUAUGGGUUAUGUGCAUAGGAGUGUGAAGGCCAGUCAUAUCCUGAUUUCUGCAGAUGGAAAAGUAUAUCUCUCUGGCUUGCGCAGUAACCUCAGCAUGAUCAGUCAUGGCCAGCGUCUCAAAGUAGUUCAUGAUUUCCCCAAAUACAGCAUCAAAGUCCUACCAUGGCUUAGUCCAGAAGUCUUGCAGCAGAAUCUUCAAGGCUAUGAUGCAAAAUCUGAUAUCUACAGUGUAGGAAUAACAGCCUGUGAGCUAGCAAAUGGCCAUGUUCCCUUCAAAGAUAUGCCUGCAACUCAGAUGCUUUUGGAGAAACUCAAUGGAACUGUCCCUUGUCUACUAGACACAACUACUAUUCCUCCAGAGGAGCUGACUAUGAAGCCAUCACGCUCUGGGGCUAGCAGUAGUCUUGGGGAAGGCAUGGCAGCCAGCAGUGCCAGAGCCUCUAAUGGUGAAGCAGCACCGCAUCCUUACCAUCGUACCUUCUCAUCCUAUUUUCACAACUUUGUAGAGCAGUGCCUGCAAAGGAACCCAGACUUGAGGUAUAGUGAAAAAAGAAUGAGGUUUAGGGGAUGUGGUACGUUAUUGUUGAAGUGUUGGUGGGGAAGUCAGAGCUAAAACAUUCGAGAGCAUUCAGUGGAUACUUGGAAGCAUAGCUGUGGCUGUGGUGCGAAGUGUUACAAAAGACUUAAAAAUUAUCUCCCUGCUUAAAUCAGUUUCUCCAUGCCAAAUGAGCAGGCUUUGAAUGGUUUGGGGUGGAGUAAAACAUGAAGAUUGUUAUAUGAUUGUGGAAUUGGUUGCUGUCAGAAUCACUGAUGCAGAUAAAACCUAAAACUAGUUUGUCAGCUAAAGAAUGACUUGAAUGAUGAAAAGGAGAGUAGGUUCAGAUUAGUGGUAUGCAGAGGAAAACACUUUGUUUCUGAUUGUUUCAGCAUUAGGAGAUAAUGGAAA